GAAUUGUCCGUGCAAAAUGGGCGGGGAGGUGUAAAUAUGACUUGGUCGUCUUCUGAGUCCGUCCAGUCUCCACACCGACAUUGAAGCUCGCUCUUUGUCCAUUUCUAUUUCUUGCUGCUUUUUCCCGCCAUGGCCAAAGGAGAAGGUUGCGAGCAGUACUCCAACGCCAGUUUGCUAAAUAAAGCGCCGGAUUGUGACGGCAUCACGCAGUGUAAGAAGGUGAGGACACUUCUUGACAUCACGCAGUGUAAGAAGCACGAGCAGAGGAACAGAUUGUCCGUCUGCAACAAGAUCUGCUACGCCAUAGGUGGAGCGCCAUACCAGAUCACGGGAUGUGCCCUAGGCUUCUUUCUGCAACUCUACCUGCUGGAUGUAGCACAGCUGGAUCCCUUUUACGCCUCAAUCAUCCUGUUUGGGGGCCGUGCAUGGGACGCAAUAACGGACCCCACAGUGGGCUUCCUGGUUUCCCGCAGUCCAUGGACACGUUUUGGGCGCAUGCUACCCUGGAUCGUGCUGUCAACCCCUCUGGCAGUGCUCUCCUACUUCCUCAUUUGGUACGUCCCACCCUUUGAGGACCGCAAAGUCAUCUGGUACCUCUUCUUCUACUGUGUCUUCCAGACCCUUCAAACUUGCUUCCAUGUGCCGUAUUCUGCCCUCACCAUGUUCAUCAGCUCCGAGCAGAAAGAGAGGGACUCUGCCACUGCCUACAGGAUGACUGUGGAGGUUCUAGGCACCGUGCUUGGUACCGCCAUCCAGGGUCAGAUUGUGGGCAUGGCCAACGCGCCCUGCGUCCCAGGUCCAGGCGGCAUCUUGGCGAACAUGAGCAACUCGUCAGCGUGGACCGGCCUCAACGGCACAGAGCCUGUCAUCACUCUGCAGCACACGAGGACGGCCUACAUGAUCGCCUCCGGUGUCAUCUGCUUGAUCUACAUCCUGUGCGCCAUCGUGCUGUUCUUUGGCGUGAAGGAGAUCAAAGAGUCCAGUCGUCCCAAGUCCAAACCCUUAUCCUUCCUGCAGGGCAUCAAGCUUGUGAUGGGACACGGGCCCUACGCCAAACUGGUCAUGGUCUUCCUCUUCACCUCCUUAGCCUUCAUGCUCCUGGAGGGAAACUUUGCUCUAUUCUGCAGCUACACACUGGGCUUCAGAAACGACUUCCAGAACAUUCUUCUGGUCAUCAUGCUCUCUGCCACCCUCACCAUCCCCUUCUGGCAGUGGUUCCUCACCAAAUUCGGGAAGAAGACGGCAGUUUACGUUGGCACAUUGUCUGUAGUCCCCUUCAUGAUCCUGGUGGUGUGUUUGAAGAGCAACCUCAUCGUCACCUACAUCGUCUCCUUCGCCGCCGGAGUGGGAGUGGCCGCAGCUUUCCUUCUGCCAUGGUCCAUGCUGCCAGACGUGGUCGACGACUUCCAAGUAAACAACCCACAAGCCACCGGCCACGAGGCUCUCUUCUACUCUUUCUACGUCUUCUUCACAAAGUUCGCCUCCGGAGUCUCGCUGGGCAUCUCCACCCUCAGUUUAGAUUUUGCAGGCUACAUCUCCCGAGGUUGCUCUCAGCCAGCAGAGGUGGACAUGACGUUGAAGGUUCUGGUGUCGGCCGCUCCCAUCCUCCUCAUCAUGAUCGGCCUGGCCAUCUUGUACACCUACCCUAUUGACGAGGACAAGAGGCAAGGCAACAGGAAGUUGUUACAAGAGCAAAGGUAUGAAGCAGACUCUGAAACUGAAUCCACUGAACUUUCCCACAUGAUCUAAGAAGACUGACUCUUGGCCAUCAGACUCUUGUCCAAGAAGACUGACUAAGUGUUGUCCAAGAAGACUGACUAAGUGUUGUCCAUGAAGACUUGGCCAUCAGACUCUUGUCCAAGAAGACUGACUAGUGUAGGAAGACUAAGUGUUGUCCAAGAAGACUGACUAAGUGUUGUCCAUGAAGACUUGGCCAUCAGACUCUUGUCCAAGAAGACUGACUAGUGUAGGAAGACUAAGUGUUGUCCAAGAAGACUGACUAAGUGUUGUCCAUGAAGACUUGGCCAUCAGACUCUUGUCCAAGAAGACUGACUAGUGUAAGAAGACUAAGUGUUGUCCAAGAAGACUGACUUGUGUAGAAAGACUAAGUGUUGUCCAAGAAGACUGACUUGUGUAGAAAGACUAAGUGUUGUCCAAGAAGACUGACUAGUGUAAGAAGACUAAGUGUUGUCCAAGAAGACUGACUAGUGUAAGAAGACUAAGUGUUGUCCAAGAAGACUGACUAGUGUAAGAAGACUAAGUGUUGUCCAAGAAGACUGACUAGUGUAAGAAGACUAAGUGUUGUCCAAGAAGACUGACUAAGUGUUGUGUAAGAAGACUAAGUGUUGUCCAGUCACGCUGCUGCUACUUUCUUCAACAGGCUGCACAACAACACUUUUUUUGUUUGUUUAUUUUUAUAAUUGUUUUGCAUGUGUGAAUAUUUCCUCUGUGAUAUGAACUCGCUGGCCAAAGCCUUACUUACUUUUUGUACUGGCAAGACCUGCUGGUGUUUGCUCCCUCAUCAAAGUGCACAAGUGGUUUUUCUAGUUGACGUCCACAAACAUGAGGCCUUAGUUUCAGCUGAGUUCUCUGGCAGGAAGAAGGAAAAGCUCCAUCUUGUUGUUGUCCUGCAUGAUGCAACAUCUUCAUGGUGGCUCUGACUGACAAGUGCAAUGUGAAGGUGUGGACAGCCACAACUACAAAUGUUAUUUAAGUAUUUAUUAGAUCUGAUUUGAGCUGCAAACUUGUGCAGUAUUUAGUACGUUUGACUUGAAAGCAUGUUGCUUCUACGUGUGCAUGAUGGGAAGGAGAGAUGUCAUAUCCCUGGAUGUGAUUCAUGUACAUACAGUGUCUAUGUUAUACAUAUUCCACAUGCUCCUGACAACUGGAGCCUUCAUGUAAAGUUGUGUCAAAUAUUGUCUUUGAAAUCCUUUUUAUAUUUUGUCAUCGUUUCUCUCAUCCUGUAAAUGUUUGACUUGGAUUUCCCUGCUGAGGCUGUGAGCCAAAUGUGUGAGCUUUAAUCCUGGAGGGACACACACAUGCCUUGUACAUGUAAAUAUUGUAUGCAACACUUGUAAAUAUCUUUGAUAUCUUUGUGACUUGAUGUACCCGUGCUGUGCUUAUUUAAGGAGACUGUUUGAAGGCAACAAUAAAUGGAAAUGGAAAAGUCA